UGUUAGUUCUAGGCAACUCUUCUACCCAGAGCGUUGUUCCUUGGUGAAUCAGCAAGCCUAACAAACAUUAUCAUUUCACUUGCAUAAAGGUCCACUGGUGGUUCUUAGUGACUCAGAUACUCAAACGCAUUUUUUAAAAAGUAGCAUUUUCCAACAUCCUCAACUACCUAGAACAUACUAAAAACCUUUGGAGUUUGGUGCUUAUUAAUGGAAGCUAUGAAGUCUAAGGCCAACUGUGCUCAGAACCCGAGUUGUACCAUAAUGAUAUUUCAUCCAACCAAAGAAGAGUUUAAUGAUUUUGAUAAAUACAUUGCUUACAUGGAGUCCCAAGGCGCACACCGAGCAGGCCUCGCCAAGGUGAUUCCACCCAAGGACUGGAAAGCCAGACAGACCUACGAUGAUAUCAGUGACAUCUUAAUAGCCACUCCCCUCCAGCAGGUGGUCUCCGGGCAGGCAGGUGUGUUUACUCAGUACCAUAAAAAGAAGAAAGCCAUGACAGUGGGGGAGUAUUGCCAUUUGGCGAACGGCAGAAAGUAUCGGACUCCACCACACUCGGAUUUUGAGGACUUGGAGCGAAAAUACUGGAAAACCCGUCUCUACGAUUCUCCGAUCUAUGGCGCUGACAUCAGCGGCUCCUUGUUUGACGAAAACACGAAGGAGUGGAACCUUGGACACCUGGGAACCAUUCAGGACCUGCUGGAGCAGGAGUGCGGCGUGGUCAUCGAGGGGGUCAACACCCCCUACCUGUACUUUGGCAUGUGGAAGACCACCUUCGCCUGGCACACGGAGGACAUGGACCUUUACAGCAUCAACUACCUGCACUUCGGGGAGCCCAAAACUUGGUACGCGGUGCCCCCAGAGCACGGCCAGCGCCUGGAACGCCUGGCCACGGAGCUCUUCCCGGGCAGCGCCCGCGCCUGCGAGGCCUUCCUGCGGCACAAGGUGGCUCUCAUCUCGCCCACCGUCCUCAAGGACAACGGGAUCCCCUUCAGUCGGAUCACGCAGGAGGCUGGCGAGUUCAUGGUGACGUUUCCCUAUGGCUACCACUCUGGCUUCAACCAUGGCUUCAACUGCGCAGAAGCCAUCAACUUCGCCACCCCGCGCUGGAUCGAUUAUGGCAAGGUGGCCUCCCAGUGCAGCUGCGGGGAGGCCCGGGUCACCUUUUCCAUGGACGCCUUCGUGCGCAUCCUGCAGCCCGAGCGCUAUGAGCUGUGGAAGCGCGGGCAGGACCGGGCUGCCGUGGACCACACGGAGCCCGCGGCGCUGGGCAGCCGGGAGCUGCGCGCCUGGAGGGAGGUGCGCGCCCCCGGGAGAGCCGCGCUGGGCCUGAGGCACCUCCCUCCGCGCCGGUCCCCAUUGGAUCCUGAUAAUCCGAUGCACCCUGGCCGGUGCCUGCUAUCCCUGGACGGUAUUACAGUCAGCUUCUCUGACAGUGUUCCUCUGGCUCCUCCAAAUGGAACUCAGAGAAGAUUCCCCAGGCAUGCUGAUGGGGACUGCGGCGCCCCUCUGACCCUCUCUGAGGUUGUGAUGAGGGACCACACUUAUGCCUCUGUGAAGCUGACCCCAGCUCCAGCUGCCAGCAUCUCUUGCAUCCCUGACUUUGAUCCUCUGGGGUUGAAGCCAGAGACUGCUGCCCUUUUUGAGUCCUGGGUUGUGUUCAGCCCUGAUGGAAGAACUUCAGCCUUCGAGCUGUUGACUUUUAAAGAUUUUGCCCAAAAUGGCUGUAUCUGA